AUGUCAAAUUUUAACUUUUUAGUUUCACCAACCGGAUCUCAUUUAGACAGCUUGGUUGCCAAUAUUUCAUAUAAAAAUCCAUCAGCACCUCUUAUUUCACAAAAUAACGGAUAUCAAUUUAUGUGUGGAGAUCCUUUCGUGCCAUCUACAUGCACAGAGCCAUGUACUUGUGCUCAUGUUUAUCACAUCCAGUUAGGAGCACUCGUGGAUGUGAUGAUCUACGAUGAAAGACCUUUACAGGAUUUAAAUCAUCCAUUUCAUUUACACGGUUAUAGCUUUUGUGUAAUGUAUGCAGGGCAAUUUGUUAAUGCACUUAAUAAAAACGAUAUAACAAAUAAGGAUGUAAUGAAAGAGAUGGAAGCUCAUAUGACACGCUUACAAAAUGGUUAUUAUACACAUUGUAGUCCUAAAGAUACUGUAAUUGUACCAAAUACUGGUUUUACCAUCUUACGCUUCAAGGCAGAUAAUCCAGGCUGGUGGUUCUUUCAUUGUCAUUUUUCAUGGCAUACUGCAACCGGAAUGAAUGUUGUCUUACAUGUUGGUACGUCAUAUGAUCUUCCACCUGUACCACGUAACUUUCCAACGUGCAACAAUUGGAUACCACAAAAUUAAUUUAUUAAAUUCUAUACAAGAAAUAAAAAUUUAAAUAAAAGUUUAUUCUUAAUAUUAAUUAAAUUUUUAAUUUUAUUGUCAGUUUCUUGAAAUGUAUAACAUAUUAUAUGUAAAAGAUGUGAAUAAAUAAUAAGCCAAUAAAUACAUUGAUGCAUA